GGUCAAUUUAUUAUCAGAUCUACCCCAAGUUUGAACAAUUAAAACACAAAGCACCCAUCACAACCUACCUGCUUCACCAGCAACACAUAACAAUCAACGCACACCAUCUACCGACCUACAUAAACACCAUACCAUACCAUACCAUUCAAUCUCAUCAAGUUCAAUACUCUCCCUGAUUCAUCUAUCAUCAUAUCGUCAAAAAUUUGAUUGACACGAACCAAGUCUUCCAACCUUUCCGAUCGCCACUCCAUUACAUAUCACAAAAAUGUUUCGAAGAGCUUUGUCAAAUGCACCCCGCGUUGCCGGUAGAGUGUUAUCAACCAACAGCCACUCCGCUAUCAGACCUCUAUCUGCUCAGAUUGCAUCGCCAUCGUUCGUUGCCGGUCGCAGGUCGUAUCAUGAAAAGGUCCUCGAUCAUUAUUCGCGGCCGAGAAAUGUUGGCAGUAUGUCGAAGACGGAUACCGAUGUAGGGACUGGUUUGGUCGGCGCACCAGCAUGUGGCGAUGUCAUGAAGUUGCAAAUCAGAGUGGAUCCAGAUACAAACACCAUUUCCGAUGUGAAGUUUAAGACGUUUGGCUGUGGUUCGGCCAUUGCUUCUUCUUCAUACUUGACAGAAUUGGUUCGAGGAAUGACGCUUGAGGAAGCCGGCCGAGUGAGAAAUACAGAAAUUGCAAAGGAGCUGUGUCUUCCACCUGUGAAGCUCCACUGCUCUAUGCUUGCUGAGGAUGCCAUCAAAUCUGCUAUUUCGAAUUACUACACCAAGAACCCCAAAUCACAAUCCACAAACCUCGGAGGUACUGGAGCAUCCAUACCAAAGAUUGACGUGGAAGCCGUGAUGGAACCCGCACAGUCCCAGACAGCAACGGUUUAAAAAAUUGAUAGUAGGCGCAUUUGGGACAUGAAGGUUUUUCUUUCCGCGUGUAUUAUGAUUGAAAGGUGUACUUGUUUGAUCGGGUAAAGCAUGGAUCGGUGAUAGGAUGCCAGGCUACCAGAGUCAGGAAAGAUCAGAACGGGCUGAGGAGACUGGUCUAAUUGGCCUUGUCUUGAUCCAAGACCAAAUUUGGGUAUUGGUCGGAUUGUUUAGGGGAGGUUUAGUUUUCUCCCACUCACACAGCGUACCUAGGUACAACAUCGUAGUCAAAAUGAAGCAUAAGAUACCAACAGUUACCUUUAGCAGUCACUAUCAGCAAUGGUCCAAACAGUGGUUGAUUUCAUUCCUAGUGUGUGCUAUAUGACAAAAUAAAGAUGCAAACCCAGGAGGGAGGGGUGUUUACAAGAUCCACGAAGAAGUAUUAGCAGAUAUAGAAUUCAAUGUAAGUUUAGUAGGAAACGCAAUUCACAAUUGAAAAUGGCCAUGAUGGUCAAACUUCAUAGAGUGAGUGACUAUGGCAUUCAAAAUUGAAUUGGAUAUAGCCUGUAAGUAAUAAUAGAGAGAGAAAUGUCAAGGCAUUCUGAAAUGCUUUGAUUCGCCA